AGCUCAAAAAGAAGAAUUCCCAGCUUGCACUGCGCAUACUGUUGUGCGACAUUAUUACAAAACUCAUGAACAAGUGAACACAGGAGGAGCGUGCGAGUGUCCGACAUGAGCGCCGGGCGGACCGUCCUGACCAUGGUCGUUGUGCUGGGAGCUGGUGUUGGCUCGUGGGUCAUGGUCGUCUCAAGACAACAGGAUCCGAAAACGGUGACGAUGAACCUGCCUGAAUCAAACCCAGCGCGAUUGGCGGAGUCGAGGAGGAGGAACAUAAUGGCGAUGCAGGCCCUCAAAUACACUGUUGAAUCUAGCGACAACACUGCUGGAGGACCCUCAGGAUCUGUGAAAUAGACCAAAAUAGCUGCUGCUGCUGCUGCUGCUGCUGCUGCAUGGCACACAGGGCAACACAGCCUGUUCAAUUGAAGAUGGACAUUUAUUAUUGUCUAAUUUUCAGCUCUGAUGUAUGUGUUUCAUGUGAAAACAAGUUGACCACUGGAUGUUACAGUUGUUAAUUAAAACUCUCUACCAAAGCA